GAAAGCACACAGAUUCAAGUCAGCAUGCACUAAUGCUCCGGAUACUCCCCGAUGCUGUCUAGAGGAGAUGACUGCGCGUCAGGGCUCUGGACAGGCCUGGGGAAAACUGGUGAACUUAAACACAUCUCCAGGUCCAGAGAUAUUACUCAGAAAUAGAGAAUGCAUGGUGGGGAGAAAAAAAAAUUGUGACCUUUCAUUCCCGGCUAAUAAACUGGUCUCAGGGAAACAUUGCAAAAUCACUCAAGAUGAGAACUCAGGACAGGUGUGGCUGCAGGACAUGAGCACCAAUGGAACAGUGAUCAACAUUUCCAAAGUGGUGAAGAAACAGACACACUUACUGCAGAAUGGUGAUGUCAUUCACUUUGUGUACAGGAAGCAUGAGCCAGAGAAAAACAUUGCUUAUGUUUAUCAGGCCAUCGGGCCACAGGAAAGUGCCUCGCAGGACACCGAAGUUUCUGAAAGUUAUGGUGCGUUCACACCAGACGCGAAUGAAGCGUUAAACGUGAGUGAUUUACAUUUUAAGUCCAUGCAAAGACACGAUAGAAAUGUUUCAUCUGAUGGAAGGGAGUCUGGGUGCCCUCUGCCAGAACCUGCUUCUGCUGCUGUACCCACAGUGCAACCAAGAAGAAGAGCACAGAAAAGGCCUAUGGAGCGGUCAUCGGAGGUGAAGGGUCAGCUCCUAGAAGUUCUCCAGACCCGUCCUGUAGCUCCAGCGCCGCCUCCACGCUCCGAGGAUGAGCUCUUCCUCUUGAGUCUGGCCCCUUCCCUGCAGAGUUUGCCACCUCAGACAAAAGAAUUCGUCAAAUUUCAAAUACACAAAUUAAUCUAUGAAAGCAGCUCAGCUCUGCUUAAUUUGGAACAAUUGGAGCUUAAACAGUAGUUUUAAAAAAAGAGGCAGCAAUCUCUGCAGGGAAUGAACCAGACUUUCUCUCCUUCACUUUGGCCCACAAGAUCCUUUUUAU